AGUCUAACAAGCUCCAUCGAAAGGGCGAGCUAGUCUAAGAUUGUCUAUUUGUGCCAGUCUGUUGGGCUGUCUUGAAUUAUUUAAAUGCAAAAUCAAUGAAUAGUUUUCUGUAAUUUAUUAUACAUGCUCCUCACUCGCCUGCGCCUAUGUUUUGUGACAUUAUAAAGAUCACAUGACCAUAUAAAAUGAAACCAAACUGAAACGUGGACCAGUUUCUCAGUCGGCAUCAGCAAUUCGCGUGGAUCGCACGGCAAAUCAAACCGAAAAUGGGCGUAGAAAAGGAUGUAGGAACGGUUGGUUAGCUGGGAACAGAGUUGAGAAGAGUUUAUAAACGAGGCAGGAUUUCUGUGCACAAAAAGAAUUAUUUUCUAUACAGCUGAAAGCCGAAAGUUAAUGUUACUUUCUAAGCUUUCUGUCUAAGGGUCAUUGCUUUGCAUUUGAUUAUCGCCAUUGUCUAGACUUUUAUUUAGCAUCAUUAAACCAAAUUAAUUCUUAAUUAUCCUCACGCAAUCUUCAGUGGACUACCAGCUAAAUUAACCAGUUCCUUGUGAAAUUCGUAUGUUUCCCUUUAGGUAAUUGGCAUUGUAGUCUCUGGUUAUGCGAAGAUUUCUCCGGCACACAGCAGCGCUUGCGGGUGUAUAAAAUAUUGUGCAAACUUUGAGAUACAUUUAUGAGUGCUAACAAAAAGGCAGCCGCACGCCGGAUAAGUAGACGCAUCUGUUAACAGACAGACUCGCCCAGUUUGUACAGUGAUAAAAUGUGAAGUGCGGUUUACUGAAGUGAAACAAAGCAAACGUAAAACACCAGCAAGAGUCAGCAGCAAAGCCGUCAGCUUAAAACUUGCCCUAGUUCGAAUUUACCAUACGUUUAAACACACACACACACACACGUCCACAUACCGCACACACACUCAAACGGUGAUAGAAAUAUGAGUUCCCGCGAGGACUUUGAGCAACUGCGACUGCAGGAGCAGCAGGAGCAAGUCGCUCUGGAACUGGAACUGCAGCGAAAUCGCACCAUCAGCAUGCACAGCCAUCCAAAGCUCUCAGAGUAUUAUACACACAUGACGGCCUUUCUCUCGCUGGCCAUCUUCAUAGCCGCAUUGCUGACCAUACUCAACAUUUCCAUAUACCUGACGACCGUAUCGCGGCUGCGUCGUCAUUUGAACAAACCGCUCAGGAUACCCUCCAUAAUGAUGGUCAGUCUGUAUCCGAUCAUAUCGGUGGCGGCCCUGGUCACCAUACUGGUGCCGUACUCCUGGUUCAUGUGCCACACGGUGAUGCAUGUCAUGUUCAUGAUAGGCGGACCAGUUUUUCGCACGCUGCUCUUUCGCUACGUCGACUCGGAGCAAAACUAUUUGAAGGAAACAUCCGGCGAGCCAGUUACGCUGGCUACGCCCCCGUGCUGCUGUUGCUGCCUAUGCCUGCCCAUGGUGGUGCCGACGAAGGCGAAGCUGUGCAUCUCACGGUACAUGGUCUGGCAGAUGCCCUUCUGGCAGGGCAGCAUAAUGCUGAUCAUGAAUAUACUCUAUUAUCGUGAUAGGGAUCUGUACCGCCAGGUGGUGUUCUUCUUCAUACCCUUCAUCAUAAUGUCGAUUGUAUUGGGUGCCUGGUCUCUGCAAAUCACGGUGCGCAUGAUUACCAAGCUUCGCGGCGACUAUCAGCUGCGGAAGAAGAUGUUCUGCCUGCAGCUGGUGGUGAUGCUUUGCAAGCUGCAGUAUUUGAUACUCUACGAGCAGCUUAACUCCUUCAAGCUGGGCGGUGAAUAUCCCAUCAAUCAUACGAUUCACAAACAGACCAUCAUCAAUAUUCUGAUACUGGUCGAAAUGGUUCUGGUCUCAAUGCUGGCACAAAGUGCUUAUCGGACACCAAUUCAGGUGCAAAUCGACGAAUCGAAUCAGAACUGAAAGGAUUGUGGAUUUCAGUUGGUUAGGGACAAGAGUUAUAGCAAAUGAUUGUGAUAAUUUACAAUAAUAAAGACAAAUUAGAUUACAAUAAAAAGCA